AUGUUUGAGGAAGGCUUAGUUGUCGACUACCCCAAUUCAGAUCAGUAUGAAUUGGUAACGGUUGGAAAGCUGGCUAAACAAGAAGCAUAUAUAUUUCACAUAUUUUCAUCAGAGGGAUCAGGCGUGUGGCAUGAAUUCCAAUUCAGUAUGAAGUUUUUCGACUGUUUGGCUCUCAUUGGUAAACCUGUUUACGUGCAUAAUUCCUUGCAUUGGCUCAGAGUUGAUGGCCGAGUUCUUGGUUUUGAUACAAAGAGAGAAGAGGCUAAAAUUCUUGACCUUCCUGAGUUCAUCAGUCAUCAAGAUUCUAUUCGCCGUAAGUACAUUAUUAGCCCUGGUUCCAAUACAUGGUUAGGGAUGACGCAAGGUUUACUAACUCUUGUUUACUGUUUGAAUAAAUCCAUAGUUAUUGCUACUAAUGAUUAUGUAAGCAACAAUUGGAGAGUUUCCGACACUAUGGACAACUUCAUGAAAGCUCCAAAUGGCUGUGACUAUAGAUAUGGCUUCCCUAUAUGGAUUGACAGCGGACCUGUGCUUUUCCUAGGAGAAGAUCGAUUUUUGUAUGGGCAUGAUUCUAAGAUGAGUAGGUUUAAAAUAACUGCAGUUUUUGACAAACACUAUAUGAUUUAUCAUCGCCUUUGCCGCUAUUUUGAACCAUCGUUAGCCAAUGUCCAGAAGACACCUUCAGAUAUAGUCCGCUCUAAACAUCUCUCAGCUGUUACCGCAACACUAGAUGAGCUCAAAUGUUUUAUCACUGAAGGUACCAAUUAG